GUCCAUGAUAUUUCGGCAAAGGAAUUGACGUGUUGCUUCGAGGUUGUUUCCAGUUCAUUAUUCACGGCUUUUUAAUACAGAUAAAACGUUUUGGAUUGAAUUAAAGUAAAUAAUAUUGAUUACUGUGAUCGUAGGAUAAUUGUUUAAGUAUAGAAAUGUUGCAUUCACACUUAUUAGGUGUUAUUUUAUUCGUGACAAGUUCGUAUGCUCUAUACGAGUCGUCCUCAGAUGUAGUUGAACUAACACCCAGUAAUUUCGAGCGUCUGGUCACAAAAUCUGACGAAAUAUGGAUCGUGGAAUUCUUUGCACCUUGGUGUGGACACUGCAAGAACCUUGUCCCUGAAUACCAGAAAGCAGCCCGAGCACUUAAGGGUAUAGCAAAAGUAGGAGCAAUAAAUGCAGAUCAACAUAAAGAGUUUACUAAGAAGUAUGGAGUCACAGGCUUUCCUACCAUCAAGAUGUUUGUGGGAAACAAACAGAAUCCGUAUCAGGGUCAAAGAACUGCUGAGGCUUUUGUUGAUGCAGCUCUUACGGCAGCCAAGGAAAAGGCUUACGAGACUCUUGGAAAGAAAGCUGGCGGAUCAACUUCGGAUAAGUCCGCUGUGGUUGAGCUGACCGAAAGUAACUUCAAGGAACUGGUGCUAGAGAGUGACGACAUGUGGCUGGUGGAAUUCUUCGCUCCAUGGUGUGGACACUGCAAGACCCUCGAACCCCAUUGGGCUAAAGCUGCAACUGAACUUAAGGGCAAGGUGAAACUCGGUGCACUGGACGCAACCGUUCACCAAAUGAUAGCAUCUCGCUUCGGAGUGCAAGGCUACCCGACCAUCAAAUUUUUCCCGUCGGGCAAGAAGACUAGCGAGAGCGCUGAAGACUACAACGGCGGCAGGACUUCCAGCGAUAUCGUCACCUGGGCCCUCGACAAACUUGCCGAGAAUGUGCCCCCACCAGAAAUUGUUCAGGUGGUAAGUGAAGAGACAAUGAAGGCGUGCAGCGAGAAGCCACUGUGCGUUGUAUCGGUACUGCCGCACAUACUGGACUGCGAUGCGGCGUGCCGCAACAAUUACAUUUCCGUAUUGGCCGUACUUGGUGACAAAUACAAGGCCAAGAUGUGGGGGUGGGUUUGGUCGGAAGCAGGUUCGCAGCCUGCGCUAGAGGAAGCCCUAGAGCUGGGUGGGUUCGGCUACCCCGCGAUGGCUGUCGUCAACGCAAAGAAACUCAAAUUCUCCACCCUAAGAGGAUCCUUCUCGGAGACAGGCAUCAAUGAAUUCCUCAGGGACCUGUCAUUUGGUCGCGGACAAACCGCACCAGUCAAAGGAGCAGAGAUGCCAUUCAUCCAAACCACCGAGCCUUGGGACGGCAAUGAUGGAGAACUUCCACCUGAGGAGGACAUUGAUCUCUCUGACGUAGACCUUGAGAAGGAUGAGCUGUAAGUGUGCAAAAAUUUGUGUGACUGAAGUAUGUUUUUUUAAGUGUUUACGGAAACUAUGUCAAAAGUCAAUAAUAAAAUCACAAUUUUUCGUAAGUCGCUUAUAAAAUUUGAUAGAAUGAAAUACAUAUUGAAAAUUUAAAACCGUUUUUACAGAAAAGGUUUUAUUUUAUUUAUACAGAUAAUGUUGAACCGUAUAAAAAAUAUGCAUGAAAUAAAUAUGGCAUUAGUAUAAACAACUUAUUCAGAUAUUUAAAAAAUGAAAUUGAAGCCUAUUUAGGAAACAAUGGUUUAGGCGCACAGUUCAUAGAAAAAUAAUUAUGUAACUUUUGAUAUGUAUUUCUUCUUGAUGUUAAAAUAUUGUUGUGAAGUGGCAACAAAACAUAUUUGUAUUUAUAGUCUGUGUCACAUUUGGGUAAUUAUUGAAUUGAAUUAGUAAGGUUAAAGAACUUUUGGAUGUUGUUUCAUCUGUAUAAUGUCUAUGAAAUGCAUUUUUAAUAUUUAACAUUUUAGAAGUACUUUAUUUCUUGGAUAGGUAUUUAAGCCAUAUUUCAGAUAAUAAGUCAAGUCAUUAAGUCUGUUUUCAAAUGAUUAUCAUAAGGAAAAUACGGCCAGGAUUAUUUAGUCUUUUUAUGAAGACAAAAUGUAUGUAAACUUGAUUCCAGGCGUAAACUGCCCGGCCCUGAUUUUCUAUUUGAAUCUUGUGAUACAUAAGUAUCAGUAUCAAUAAUCACAGUUUGAGGCUUAAAUUUUUGUAUUAAAACCUUUUCACAAAAUUCAUUUAAAUUAUUGAUAGAAUUUCUUUACCAUAAAAAAUUACUCUGGCAGUUUACUUACAUUACUUAUUAAUAUUACUGACGCUCUUGUUUCUGUUUUAUAAUCCUUGCUAUUUAAAAAAAAAUGCGGCGAUGAUAGAAUACGAAGCCUCCAGUAGUCUACCAUUUUCUCAUCCUAUUUUAAUGAGAUAAGGAGAAAAAAAAAACGUAAUUAUCUUGUGAUGAGCCUCUUAGCCCUACUAUCUAGAGUUGUUUACAUAAUUAUUUGGAUUGUUACAUAUAUGUACAUCAAAUUAUU